AUGUAUAAACUGGACGCCCCGCCCCCCUCUGCCCCCUCCUCCUCCUCCUCCUUGUGGCAGGGUGUGGACAGGAAGUGGCGGCUGCUCCUGGCGUGUGUGUGGCCGCGUGGCGCGGCGGCACUGCAGGCUGUCGUGCUGCUGUGUGUUGGCCUGCUAGCCGCCGAGCGCGUUCUCAACGUGCUCGUCCCCGUCUAUGCCAAGAACAUUGUGAACGAGCUCUCUGCAGGAAGCGGCUGGUCGUCUCUGAUCUCCAUCGUCUGCAUCUACACACUGCUCAAGUUCCUGCAGGGCGGGGGGGCAGGCACGUCGGGCUUCGUCAGUAACCUGCGUCAGUUCCUCUGGACCAGAGUGCAGCAGUUCACCAGCCGAGGCGUUCAGGUGCGUUUGUUCUCUCACCUGCACGCUCUGUCUCUGCGCUGGCACCUGGAGCGCCGCACCGGAGACGUUCUGCGCAGCGUCGACCGAGGAACCGCCUCCAUCAACAACCUGCUCAGCUACAUCCUGUUCAGCAUCCUGCCCACCAUCGCUGACAUCAUCAUCGCCAUCAUCUACUUCAUCUCCUACUUCAACGUCUGGUUUGGCCUCAUCGUCCUAACCUGCAUGGUCCUCUACCUCAUCUGCACUGUCCUGAUCACAGAGUGGAGGACCAAGUACAGACGAGAAAUGAACAACCAGGACAACAACGCCAAGUCCAGGGCCGUUGACUCUCUGCUCAACUUUGAGACGGUCAAAUAUUACAGCGCUGAGGAUUACGAAGUUUGCUGCUUUGAGGAAGCCAUCCUGAAAUAUCAGCGGUGCGAGUGGAAGAGUGCAGCCUCACUCGCUCUGCUGAACCAAACUCAGAACAUCAUCAUUGGGUCUGGACUGCUGGCCGGGUCGCUGCUCUGUGCUCACCUCGUCACCCAGGGACACUUCCAGGUGGGGGAUUAUGUUCUCUUUGGAACCUACAUCAUCCAGCUGUACACGCCUCUCAACUGGUUUGGUACCUACUACAGGCUGAUUCAGAGUGCGUUUGUUGACAUGGAGAACAUGUUGAGCCUGCUGGCAGAGCAGAGGGAGGUGGAGGACUGUGUGGAGGCUGAAGAGCUGCAGCUGACCUCAGGUCAGGUGGAGUUUGACAGCGUCAGCUUCUCUUAUGUUUCUGGCACUGAGGUCCUCAGAGAUGUGAGCUUCACGGUGGAGGCAGGGAAGACUGUCGCUCUGGUUGGUCCGUCUGGCUCAGGGAAAAGCUCCAUCCUGCGUCUGCUAUUCCGAUUCUAUGACCCGCAAAGUGGCUGCAUCCGCGUCGACGGGAAGGAUAUCUCCAAGGUGCGUCAGGCGUCUCUCAGGUCGUACAUCGGCGUCGUUCCUCAGGACACGGUUCUGUUCAACGACACCAUCAGAAACAAUAUCCGCUACGGCCGCAUCGCCGCCAGCAACCAGGAGGUGGAGCUGGCAGCCAUGGCUGCCGACAUACACACCAAGAUACUGGAGUUGCCUCAGGGUUAUGAGACGCAGGUGGGCGAGCGAGGUCUGAAGCUGAGCGGGGGGGAGAAGCAGCGGGUGGCGAUCGCCCGGACUAUCCUGAAGGAGCCGCGCAUCAUCCUGCUGGACGAGGCCACUUCCUGUUUGGACACCCAGACGGAGAGGAACAUCCAGGCCUCCCUCGCCAACGUCUGCAGGAACAGGACCACGAUCGUAGUCGCACACAGGUUGUCGACUGUGGUGUCAGCUGAUCAGAUCCUGGUUCUGCAGGAUGGACACAUCGCAGAGAGAGGCAGACAUGAUGAGCUGCUGCAGCGGGCCGGUCUGUAUGCUGCCAUGUGGUCCAGACAGCAGAAGACCCGGCAGGCGGAGUCGGAGGACUGAACCGGACCGGGACCGGGACCGGGACCGGGACGCCGUCAGCUGCCUCCGGUGGCGCCAC